AGCGUGGUCCCAUCGCACGUCAAUCGAUCGAUUGAAACCCCUCUCUUCCGAUCCUGUUCCGGCCAAUUCGUAACUCCGAUUUCUUCCUCGCCGGGAGCCACGAUCGCCGCAAAUGGAAGGGCAAAUCCCAGACAUAAAGAAGUGGAUCGUCCUCUACCCGGUUUACAUCAACUCAAAGAAGACGAUCGCCGAGGGCAGGCGGAUCUGCGCGGCGAAGGCAUGCGAGAACCCCACUUGCGCCGAGAUCGGGGACUGUUGCAGCCAUCUCAAGCUCCUUUACGACGUCGAGAUUGACAAGGCGUAUCCGCGAGAUUUCAUGCAGAGAGGGAGAGUGAGGGUUUUUCUCAAGAGGGAGGAUGGGACUCUCUGCAAUCCAGCCAUAUCUUCCAGAAAACAGCUCAUGCUUCAUGUUGCAGAGUUGGUUCCAAGACAUCCUGGACGGACCAAGAAACAAGAGCCCUCUUCCACCACGAGCACUGGAGCUUCGAAAUCCAGCAAGGGCGGGAAAAAGAAGAGAUAGUCAGAUGCCGUUGCGAAUGCAUCGUCACAGUUUUGGUCCAAACUAAGUGAAUUUGGCAGAGGCUUUUCUUCUUUAACUCAAACAUCAGCAUGCUCGCAGUCCGUGAAGAUUUUGAUAGAUUGGGCUCGUGCCUGAGAUUUAGGCAUAUGGAGGAAGUACGUGGACCCGUUUCAGUCAUUCCAUUUCCCACAGAAUCUCUCUCACGAAUGAACAUAAGGAGUCUCGUUCCAUCCCAUUCCAUUGCCGCGGUACCCUGAAAGAGAUUGGACUUUCGAUUCCUAUUUGAUUCGAUCGCCUCAUUCCUUUCC